CACAUUGAAUAUAUAAAGUUGCCUUUAAUGUCACACCAUUUUUUGUUUUCUGUUGGUUUUAUUGUUGCGAAAAUUGGAGUUUAUAAUAGAACAUUAAUAUUAUCCAACAUAAUUUCCACUCAAUCUUCGAAGACAAAUAUUGAUGAAUGUUACAUUAGGCGAAUGGCGAAACAAGUUCACAAUCUUGUAAUUUUAUGGGCGCUAAAAGGAAUAAGUGACGGAGUUGAGACGUGACGUGUCGCCAUCUCAAGUUCACCGUAUGCCUAGCACACAGUGUAGCAAAAAGAAAGAACUGCCAUUCGGCAGAUUCUGUCGCUCUAUAACGACUACGUUCGCUGAUCGCAUGGACCCUGCAAUUUAUAAAUUGCGGAACGUUAAUUUCGGGAAUUAAUUCUGCUCACGUAAUCGCGAUCGAUUCUUGUAGAGCGCAGGUCACGCGUUACCCAAGUAUUUGUCAAUUGUCAUCGAUCCCCACUGCAAAGAAAAACUCUCCCGCGCUGCUUUACUGCUUAGUUAGGUGGCAACCAGUUGUAUUAGGCGUUGUAUAUGUACAGUGUGCGGUUACAUUGAAGUGUCACGAAAGAGUGAUGAUUACCACAUCAGGUGAAAAGUGUCCAUUUCGAAAAUAGGAUACGCAACACGAAGCUUCUGAAUGAGGAUAAUCUCGAAAAGAAAAGUUUGGCUUGCAAUAGACAAACCAACAUAUAUAACAUUGUGGAAUUCAUAUUUUGAUGGCAAAGAUGCGCAAAAAUAAUUAUUCUUAUGUUCGUUAUAAUGAUGGAUGCGUAACAAUUGUCACGUAAAGCCCGUUUGUGUGUAUCUAUAAAGUUACGAAUUUAAAUUAGCUAUUAAGUUAGACAACUUCUGCAGCUUUCUUUAGCUUUUUUGAAAUCUUUUUGAUUUAAAAAAAGCAUGCGCGCCGAAAAGUUUCUUAAAUAGAUAGAAGGCCAUCCAAGAAGGAAGAAAGAACAGAAAUAUUGUACACUAUUAUCGGACACUAUCAAAAAGUGUGAGUGAGGAUGCCGAAGCUUAGACUGUAUAUUACCAUGCUCUUGAAUGACAUUGAGCUCUGUGGGUAGAAUUGCCAAAGGAAGAAAAAAAAGGGAUUUUCACGCAGCAAAUAUAUCUUAAAUGGGGAAUAAAAUUGAUGAUUUUGGAAAUAUGAAGCUGUCAGCUAUACAAGAGAGUGAUAGAAAUAAUAUAAGAAAACUGCCUCAAAACAGAGUUUCUAACGAUGAGAUCAGAAUGGAUGAUACUACUAAUGAUAAAUAUCUAGAGGAUAACGGGACUUUAGCGAGGGAAGAGGGUUCUAUGGUAUCCAAUCUUCCUCUCUUAUUUGCUAAUGGAUAUCCUACAUCUUUGGAAAAAAUUACAAUGGUACAAUUGGAACGUUUUAUAUUGUUUAUGGUCCAUUGUUCGUUAGGCCAUGAUACUACUAAGGUUAUUAACAGACCUAAGUGGUGGCCUCAAGAUGUUAAAUUUUCAAAUCCGUUAACAAGACCUAAAAAGAUAAAUGAUAACUGGAUGGCAAAUUUAAAGAAAUUGGUUUUUCGAUGUUAUACAUAUCAUAGAAGUGAAUAUUUGUUACGUUUUUGCUCUUAUUUAGCACAAUAUCCUCAUGAAGAAUUAGAAUAUAUUAAUAAUUGGGAUUCAACAACUAGUCUAUAUCACAAAAGUACAGGAAAGCUAUUAGUGACCUUUCGCAAUGAAAACAUGUAUUAUGACAAAAAAAAUGACAGUCCUCGAAGAACAUUGUUAUCUUAUAAUGCAUCUUCAUCAGGUUAUGGAAACAAGACUAAACAACAAGCCCCCAUGAUGGUUCAACCACCAUGUGAUGAUAUUUAUUUAUGUGAUAAUUGCGAUGCUGAAUUCAUAGGCCUCGCAAAAAUGAAGGAACAUGAAAAAAUGUGUUGCGAACAAAACCAUGAUGGUAAUGGCUCACGCUCAUCUUCACCAGAUUUGUCCAUAGCCGAGCCUGAACUGCAACAGGAUCAAUUUCUGGAGUAUUUCCAAUUAUUUUCAAAUAAGACUGAAGCUAAGUCAAUUUGUGCGAAUAACGCGAAUGUUCCUGAUAACAGUAUUGUUAGACGAACUUCUAGACGUGUUAGAAGUUCUUUUAGCUUUACAAGAUACGCCACUAUCCCAUUCUCAUCACCCGCCGGUAUAAUGCUAGCAAAAAAAUCGAAAGCAAUGACCGAGGACACGCAACAAGAACGAUUAGAUAGAAUCGAAAGGCAUGUCACUGCACCUGUAUUGAAUGAUUCAUGCAGACCAAAAUGGCUAGACACUGAAGUAGAUUGUGAUAGAUGGAUAGUGACACACAAACAAAACCGGGAUAAACUGACAAGUGAUUAUGUGCAUCAAUAUAAAUUUGUCAACUCUUUUAAAAGCAAGCCAAUGCUGAGCAUACGAUCACAACUGCUGUAUGCUACAUGUCGACCUAUUUAUGUUGUUCUUACCCGCCUGAGUGAAAAACAAAUUGAUGAACUAAAGAAGGAUUCCUCAAAAUAUCAGUGUCCUCAGAAGAGUAUCAAUGUGCGGAAAGUUUUAUUAAUGAGAAGAGUGGGACCGGCUUGCAAAACAAAAUCGAAAAAAGCAACUUGUGAACAAAAUGCAGUUGUGUCUUCCAAACGUAAAGCACCAUUGGGAAAUGAAUUAGAUCCGAUCAUUGUUGAAGAUGAAGAUGCCGGUAUUAAUACAACAACAGCUAAAGAGACUUUAAUCGCGUUUACUGCUGUGAAAUCACCUUUGGAUAAUGUGGAGACUAUAAAACCAAUCAAAGAGAGAAAAUGCCCAUCAAGUACAAUAAUGUUAAUUGACCUCUGUUCAUCUGACGAAGAAGAAAAUGGUCAGAGUAGUCGAACAUCCUGCGACGAGAAUAGAGAUCCCAUGACUACAACAGAUUCUCCAAUUGCAAAGUCUCUCCUGCGAAAAUUGACGCCGAAACAAACUUUAUGCGAAGCUUUGCAUUUACCACGUACACUUAUCGACAGACUGGUUAUCGAACAACAUAUGGAACGAAGAUAA